CAAGGAAGGAUUCCAACAUGGGAGCUAAAGGUCAGUUGAGGUUGGAAUCUGCGGAAAGAUGAAAGAGGCAGGGAGACAGCACGGCACAGCUUCGCCCUGCGCGGCGUGCAAGCUCUUGAGGCGGCGCUGCGCAUGGGAUUGCGUCUUUGCCCCGCACUUCCCGGCCGACGAGCCGCAGAAGUUCGCCAAUGUGCACAGGGUGUUCGGAGCUAGCAAUGUCAGCAAGCUCUUGCAGGAGAUUGCAGUGCAGCACCGAGGAGAUGCCGUGAGCAGCCUGGUGUACGAGGCCAACGCCCGGGUUCGAGAUCCAGUGUACGGGUGCGUGGGCGUCAUCUCCUCCCUCCAUUGCCAAGUCCAGGCUCUCGAGGCGCAACUCGCCAUGGCUCGAGCCCAGAUGGUCCGCUUGCGCAUGCUCGCCCACCUCGAUCUCGGCCGGAGCCCCACGGGCACAGGGAGCACCACCACAGGCUCCUCAUCCAUGUGCCCCUCGCCCAUCUAUACCCCCGGACAUGGUGAUGCAGGACAAACACCGAUGCUUUCCUUCUCAUACGAAAGGUAGCAGAGCAAGAGAUGGAGAAGCGAUGCUUAAAGGCGGACACGGCUUUCGGUGGGCGUAGUAGUAGACGGCGACUGAGAUAAUUCGACCGUUGGAGCGCGUGCCGUGUCGUGCGCUAUUUCGUGUAGCCCGAGACCAGAUUUCCCCCAAUUCGACCGUUGCAAUCAGUUCAAAUAGUACCGUUAUAAGUCGAACUCGAUCCCUUCUUCUUUUACCACUUCACUUUCCCCUUUGGAGGCCGAAGAAGGAGGAGACGAUGACCAGCGGCGGAAGCAGCAGGGGCCCAUCGGCGGACCCUUGCCACAAGCCUCGCCACCCGCUCCACCAGAUCGCCGAGAGCGCCACCCACAAGCUCCUGCUCAAGCAGUGGAUGAAGGAGGAGGAGAUCGUCGCCCGGCGCGUCGCCCUCCGUGAGUCCCGCGUCGACGCCGUACGCCGCCAGAUCGCCGCCCUCUACUGCCUGUUCUUCGUCCUCCACUCCCUCGUCCUCCUCCUCCUGUACCACGCGUCCGCCUCCGCGCGGCCCCCCUCCGCCGCUUGCCGCCGCUCCUGGAUCCCCUGCCUCUGCUCCCUCGUCUGCUCCUUGGCCAUCGUGUGGGCCGUCAGGUACAAGGCCGACACGGAGAGCGUGCUGGAGCGGCUGCUGGAGCGCGAGAGGGAGGACGGGCUGCUGCUGGCCAAGUGCGUGGAGGAGCUGAAGCGGAAGGGCGCGGAGUUCGACCUGCUCAAGGAGGUGGACGCGCUGCGGCGGGCCAAGAGCCUGCGCGUCGAGGCCAAGGGCGGCGCCGCCAAGGUGCGCAAGUGGUCGGCCAGGGAUCUCGCCACCACGGUGCUCCUCGCGCUGUCCUGCGGCGCCUUGGGCCUCACGAGGUUCGUGCUCUGUGAUCAAGAACCUCGAUCAUGAUGGAAUCAGGGCUUCUGUUCUUGAUAGGAGAAUUAUUUUGGUUGAUGCAGCAGAAUGAUGCUUGUUCUGCGGUUCUCGUUCUUGUUCUUGUUUUGUGCCCAAUAAGAUUGUUGUGCAAAUAUUAAGUCUUUGAAAAGAAGACCUUUUUAUUCUUCCUCUCCAAA